AUGUCUGCAAUAGAUCAAUGUAGAUCUGGUGUAGUAUGUCUGAACUACAAAGAUCAGAACUAUAUUCAGGCCAAUAGUCGGCGUGCAACAACUGACAAGUCGUCGUCGGGAUUUGUCAAAAAUGUAUAUCGCUGCUCUACAAUAAACGACAAGUUGUUAGACGGAUUUGGUAAUGGUAGUAUGGCAGUAAAUGAUAGUAUGUAUGUCAAUAUAAUAUCAUCGCCUACAGCUGUAAUAAUCUUAAAACGCGAUGUCGGUGUUCAGUGGAACAUUAACGAUAUAACUGAUAGUCUAUAUGAAAUCCCUAAAUUUUUAAAACAUCAAAAUUAUUAUUGUCUCAAAAAAUCAGUCAAAACAGAAAUUGACGGUAUUCGAAAUGAAAUAUUCGUCCCGGAAAUAACAGGUUCACACUUCAAAGGCAUUGUUAAAGAAAAAAUUACAAAAGAAUUUAGAGACGCCAAAUGCAAUGUGUCUUCAUUACCUAGUUUUGCGUCCAAUUACGGUAACUGUAAUAAAGUAAUUGCGAAAAACGCCGAAUGUCAUCUCGAUAAAAAAGCGAUGAGAUCAGAUUACGCGGGUAAAUUGUGGAGCAGCGAGGAUUGCAAAUGUUCACCUGAAAUUAAAAAAUCCGGACUUAGUCCUGGUUUUGUACGACAAUUAAUCAACAAAUUUGAUGUCUAUGAUAAUGUGGAACAGCAAUGUCCGAGGCGCAAAUCGUUAUAG